GGAUAACGACAACGACGACGACGAUGGCGACAGAGACUAAACAACCAAGGACGUUCGUGGUUGCAGCGCGCAACUCCCAGCUGGCCCAAGUCCAAGCCAACUCUGUCCUCGCUCAACUGGAGCAACUCUAUGCCUCUUCCGAUGAUCCUUCAAAACCAAAGUUCACGACCUCGUUCAUGUCGACGGCAGGGGACAAGAAUCAAUCCCAAGCUUUGUACUUGAUGGGCGGGAAGGCGCUGUGGACGAAGGAAUUGGAGGUGGCGUUGAAGGAUAAGGAAGUGGAUAUGCUUGUGCAUAGUUUGAAGGAUGUGCCUACGACUUUGCCGGAGGGCUGUCUUCUUGGUGCGAUCUUGGAGAGGGAGGAUCCGGUGGAUGCCCUUGUUGUGAAGAAGGGGAAGGAGGGCGUUUGGAAGAGUUUGGAGGAUUUGCCGGAAGGGAGUGUGGUUGGUACUAGUAGUGUGAGGAGGGUUGCCCAGUUGAAGAGGAAGUUUCCCGGGUUGAGGUUUUUGGAUGUGAGAGGGAAUUUGAACACCCGACUUGCAAAACUUGAUGCGGAAGAUGGUCCUUACGCCGCUCUCAUCCUUGCCAAAGCAGGUCUGGUCAGACUCGGAUGGGGAGACCGCAUAACUGCUGACCUCAACCCUCCGACUCUCUACCACGCCGUUUCUCAAGGCGCUUUGGCAGUAGAGAUCAGAGAUGAUGAUCUCGAGUCUCUAGAGAUUUUGCAGAAGCUCACCCAUAGAGGGACGGAUUGGAAGUGUCGUGCUGAGCGCGCGUUGCUGAGGGUGUUGGAGGGAGGGUGUAGUGUCCCUGUGGGUGUUUACACCACGCUAACCAAAGAGGGAGGAGAUGAAUUGUUGGAGAUUACGGGGUGCGUGACAUCGCUUGAUGGAAGUGAGCAUGUGGAGGAGAGUUUGAAGGAAAAGGUCACGAGUGUGGAGGAGGCAGAGGCCGUCGGUGUCAAGUUGGCGAAGGUGCUGAUGGAGAAGGGGGCUACUAGGAUCCUAGACGAGAUUAAUAAGGAUCGGGAGCACAGGAUCGAGUUGGCCAAGGUCGCAGAUGCUAAGGGUGGCCCGUAGAUGAAGGAGUAGAUUAAAAGGACGAUGAGUAAUUGCUCUAGCUUAAUCAGUUUUGACGGUGGUUCCGGAAUCCC